AUGUCAAGCCACCGAACACAUACCAAAAUCCCCGGCGCCCCCGACUACGACAGUCCGCAAUUUUGGGAUGCGCGCUUUGCGAGUGGGCAGGAUGUGGGCGAGUGGUUGAACCCGGGUGAACCCUUGAUUGAUGCCUUUGUGAAAGAUCUGGAUGGUCGAUUUGCGGAGACAGUAACACCGCGGAGUUUACAUCUGGGCCCGGGUGUUUCGACCCUAGGGUACAAGAUACAAGAUGUUUAUCAACAGAGAGGUUGGAAGAGCUGGAACAUUGUGAACGUCGACUUCUCUGCCGAGGCUGUACGUCGGGGCCUAGAGUCUGAAAGUCAAAAGCCCCGUGACCAAGCCAUGGCAUGGCACCAGGCAGACCUCCUCUCAUGGAACGAUGUCUCCAAGCUCUGCCCCCUCGGUCCAUUCGACCUGAUCAUGGACAAAAGCACCAGCGACGCAAUUGCCACCUCUGCCGAUCGCCGUCUUCGUCUCGAUACAAACGACGCAGACGAUUCAUCUUUGUCCCCCGUCGUCAGGGAAGUCAUUUGUCAGAUUGGCGAGAUUGAUAUCUCGCCUGUGGAUCUGCUGGCAUUGCAUCUUGUUUCCUUGACUCGGAAGGGUACAAGCUGGAUGGUGCUCUCUUAUUCGAGUUUACGGUUUGAGAAGCGCAGUCUUCUGAACCAGUUUUGGUCGUUGCGAUCUCGGAUCCCCAUCAAGGCACCUUCGGGAAAUACGUGCUCUUCAGCGUAUACACCUGACGUCUACCACUGGCUCUAUAUAUUGGACCGCAAAUAA